CACAAUAGGUGUAAUCACACCUCCAAAUCCAAUUACCUACCAAUUCUCACUCCCAGAGUCCGAUCUCAAUACUUACACAACCUCAUCAGACGACUGGGAUAUCACGGCAAGCAUAACGAAACAACUACAAACAACAUGCCAAACCACUCUACCGCCAUAUCGGCGUGCAUGCGCACCUCCAGAACCUUUCGCUGUCAACGAACUGAUGGCGCAGCUCGAUGCGUAGCAAUAGCAAUCUGCCCCGCAAAACGAACCCUACCAUUAUCCGUACGAAACAAUAUGACGAGCACAAGAACCGCACCUUCUGCAAGUACUAGGGCACAACAGGUAGCGAGAGCCAGAAGACUCGAUGCAAGUUGGAGAGGGGUAGAGACAAGGGGAUACAGCACAAGCGAAGGAGUGGUUGAGAAGGAUUCGGUAGCUGCUGUGAGCGAGGAGCCGCCCGCGCAUUUGAAUGAGAAGGAGAAGGUUAUUUGGGGAUUACUGAUGAAGGAAUUGGAGUGCGAACAGUUGGAGGUAUGUCUGUCCUAAAUUUUGCGGGAUGACAAUUCUCCUCGCAGGGAUUGCAUCGAGAAAACCAUUCUUCAAUUCAAUUGCUGACACAGACAUGAUAGGUCAAGGAUGUUUCCGGUGGAUGUGGCAGCAUGUACGCGAUCGACGUUGUCAGCGAGAAGUUUAGGGGAUUGAAUAUGCUGAAGCAGCAGAGAUUGGUCAAUCAGGUGCUUGCGGAGCAGAUCAAGGGAUGGCAUGGGGUACAAUUGAAGACGAAGGCGCCAUGAUGGUUGGAUCGGUACGAACUCACGACUGGGACAUGGCUGGGAAUGACUGGGAAAUGCAAAUAUUGCGAGGCUACGCGAUAUUGGAGUUUGUAUAAGUGUACUGUACAUUAAUGUAAGUAUAGUCUAAUGGAAUCUAUCCUAUUUCCAAUGG